AUGCUGGCCUCACAAAGAAGAUCAGAAAGAAAGGAGGCGACGGAUGUGAAAGACACCUCUGAGAUGGUGAAGGAGGCCUUGCAGCAGGCUGAGCGCGCCCAGAGUUCAGUGACCGAGGCUCUGAAACAGGCCAGCGCUGACAUCAAGGGAACGCAAGACCUGCUGGUCUCCGAUCUGGAUUCAGAGCUGAAGGACAAGUACAGUAGUGUCGAGCAGGUGAUCACACAGAAAGCAGAAGGAGUGGCAGAGGCCAAGAAAAGAGCAGAGAAACUCCAACAGGAAGCCAAAACAUGGCUGCUACAGGCCAGCGACAAACUCCAGCUGCUAAAAAAUCCUGAGAAGAACUAUGAUGUAGAUCAGAAGCUGCUGGAGGACAAGGCCAAUGAACUGGUGGAUGUGGAUAAGGCUGUGAAAGAACUGCUUCAGGAGAUCAGUCACAAAUUGUUGGUUUUAUUGCUGGAAAAUGACACUGAUAUGGACCGGGAUCAUGGCUGUAGACUGGAGCUGGACCUGUCCUGA